GGGAAAGAAAAAAAAGAAAAGAAAAAAGAGAAAUAUGAAAAUGGAUUAUGGGGCUGGGGUUAAGGUGGCGUGGAAGAAGACAGCAAAAGUGCGAAUAUUAAAUGAGUGGACAGAUUGCUAUCAAGCUCCAAUAAGUAGAGAAAGAGAGAGAAAGGGUGUGGCGCCCUACGGAGAGGGAGAGGGAGAGAGAGAGAGAGACUGUGAUAUCCGAGCCCCAAAACCUCCAUUGCACCAGUAGAUCUCUUUCUUGGGUUCUUCCUCGAUUUGAUCGUUCCUUUCUUUCUCUCACUUUGCUUCUCUACAAAACUUUCCCUUUCUCUCUCUUUUCUUUGCAGUAAUGGCAGUGCAUCAGUGGCAGUGCAAAGAAAGAGGGAGAGAGUUUUCAUCGGGAAGGUAAAGCUUUACCUCAGAGCCUCAAAGAUGACACCUUUCUUGAACCACCGCCUCUUCUUCUCUUUCUGAGCUUUCCCUCCUUCCCCCGCGUGCGCUCUGCUAUUUUCACUGGAAAGCUCUCUCUCUCUCUCUCUCUCUCUCUCUCUCUCUCUCUGUACCCUCUUUCCCCCUCCCCCCGCCCUUUCUCUCCUCGCAAACAGAAUUCACAGAGGGGGAGAGAUAGGCUGUGCGUUCCUGUAGAGAGUUAAUGCUUUUAAGACCAGAAAGAUGAACACCCAUUUCCCAAAGGCAAUCUGAGCAGUCUUUGGCAGAACAGGCAAGAGUGUAAAACUCACAAAUAUAACAAAACUGACUCACUUCUUACUUCCACUACUACCACUACUAUCCCUAUUUAGGAUUUCCUGUAAAAAGGCUGUUUGUUGUAGCAUAAAUCUCGGGAGAUCACUGCUGAUAGAAUACCAACAAUCUUCUAGAGCAAAAAGAUUGCGUAGGAGAGAGAAAGAAAGACGAAAAAGAAAGAGAGAUGGUAAAAUUGUUAGUAUACCACUACUAUAUAGUUAAGCACAAGUGAACAACUAGGAAAGGAUAAGACAGUAGUGUGACAGAGAGAGAGAUAAUGGAGGGUGGUUCCAAUAGCACUUCUUGUAUGAUGGCUUUUGGAGACAACAGUAAUGGACUAUGUCCUAUGAUGAUGAUGAUGCCUCUCAUGACUUCUCAUCAUCACCAUCAUCAUCAUCAUCACCCUCCUCCUCCUCCUCCUCCUCAUCCUAAUGCAGACUCAUCAUCAAAUACCCUAUUCCUUCCUCUUCCUCCCACCAACAAUCAAGACCAAAACCGUAAUAGUGGUAGUGGCUCUUCUACAAUUCUUGACGAUCACAACCACAAUAAUAGCAACAUCGGCUGUUAUUUCAUGGACAACAACGAUAGCAACAUUCCUUCUGUCAAGGCUAAGAUCAUGGCUCAUCCUCACUAUCACCGUCUCUUGGCUGCCUAUAUCAACUGCCAAAAGGUUGGAGCACCACCUGACGUGGUGGCUAGACUAGAAGAUGCCUGUGCUUCUGCAGCAGCAAUGGGUCCAACUGGGACGAGCUGUAUCGGUGAAGAUCCAGCCCUUGACCAGUUCAUGGAGGCUUACUGCGAGAUGCUGACCAAGUACGAGCAAGAGCUCUCGAAACCCUUCAAGGAAGCCAUGCUUUUCCUGCAGAGGGUGGAGUGCCAAUUCAAAGCUCUCACUGUUUCCUCUCCAAAUUCCGCUUGUGGUGAGGGCAAUGAAAGGAAUGGAUCUUCUGAAGAAGAAGUUGAUGUGAACAACUUCAUAGAUCCCCAAGCCGAAGAUCAGGAACUGAAAGGUCAGCUACUGCGCAGGUACAGUGGAUACUUGGGCAGUCUCAAACAGGAGUUCAUGAAAAAGAGGAAGAAGGGGAAGUUGCCUAAAGAAGCCAGGCAACAGUUACUGGAUUGGUGGAGCAGACAUUACAAAUGGCCUUAUCCAUCGGAAUCACAAAAGCUAGCCUUAGCGGAAUCUACUGGUCUGGAUCAGAAGCAAAUUAACAACUGGUUCAUUAACCAAAGAAAGCGACACUGGAAACCAUCUGAGGAUAUGCAGUUUGUGGUGAUGGAUGCUACCCAUUCUCAUUAUUACAUGGAUAACGUUCUCGGUAAUCCAUUCCCAAUGGAUAUCUCUCCUACGCUUCUCUGAAGAUGACCGAAUAUAUUUAGGCUGUUGGAAUGCAAGUGUAAUGUAAAUACUGUCAUUGGACUUGGAAUUAUGGUAUGUACUAGUAUGCUUCUGGAGGCUUAAUGUAACUGAAUGUUAAAGCCAGUGGUUCUCUCGUAUUUAUAUAUAGUUUACCAAGUUGGAUGUGAAA